AUGGUAUUAGCAGACCUCGGUAAGCGGAUUAAUGCCGCUGUUAGUCAAGCGUUAAGUAAUGAGCAAGAUGAUUAUGUUACUAAUGUGGAAACGAUGUUAAAAGCUAUUGCAAUGGCGUUAUUGGAAAAUGACGUUAAUGUAAAAUUGGUAUCUGGGUUAAGGAAUAACAUUAAGACUAAACUAUUGGGAGACAAAACUGCAAACAAGAAUGUUUCGCAGGCUCAAGUCAAGAAGUUAAUUCAGAAGACUGUGUUUGAUGAAUUAUGUGCGUUGGUAGACUGUGAAGCAACACCGUACCAACCAACAAAAAAGAAAACGAAUAUUAUCAUGUUUGUAGGUCUACAAGGUUCCGGUAAAACUACUUCUUGUACUAAAUUGGCUGUCUACUAUUCUAAGCGUAAAUUUAAAGUGGGGCUAGUGUGUGCGGAUACUUUCCGUGCAGGUGCUUUCGAUCAGUUAAAGCAGAAUGCAAUCAAAGCUAAGAUUCCUUUCUAUGGUUCAUAUACUGAGACUAACCCAGUGACGGUUGCUGCAGAGGGUGUUGAUAAGUUUAAGAAGGAGAAGUUUGAUGUGAUCAUCGUUGAUACUUCUGGUAGGCAUCAUCAGGAAGGAGCUCUUUUCCAAGAAAUGAUUGAAAUAUCGCAAGCUGUGAAGCCAGACCAAACAUUAAUGGUUCUUGAUGCAUCUAUUGGUCAAGCAGUUGAGCAACAGUCCAAGGCAUUCAAGGAGGCUUCCAACUUUGGUGCCAUUAUCCUAACAAAAAUGGAUGGUCACGCCAAGGGUGGUGGUGCCAUCUCCGCAGUUGCUGCAACUAAGACACCAAUCGUUUUCAUUGGUACCGGGGAGCAUAUUCAAGAUUUUGAAAAGUUCACUCCAAAAUCUUUUGUUUCCAAGCUUUUAGGUAUAGGUGAUAUCGAAUCCCUCCUGGAGCAGUUCAAGACCUUCUCUAACAAAGAGGAUACCAAGGCUACCAUUGAAAAUAUACAGCAAGGUAAAUUCACGCUUCUGGAUUUCCAGAAACAAAUGCAAACAAUCAUGAAGAUGGGCCCCCUUUCUAACCUUGCAAAUAUGAUACCGGGCAUGGGCAAUAUGCUAUCUGAAUUCUCAGAAGAGGAAACAAGCAGAAAGAUGAAAAAAAUGGUUUACGUUUUUGAUUCAAUGACAAAAGAAGAACUAGAAUCUGACGGUAGAUUACUCAUUGAAAACCCUACGAGGCUGAUCAGAAUUGCGCGCGGCUCAGGUACUUCAGUAUUAGAGGUAGAAAUGAUCCUCAUGCAGCAACAAAUGAUGGCAAGAGUAGCCCAAGGAGCUAAACAAAUGGGUGGGCUGCCAGGUGUCCCAGGUCAGAAUGCAGGUGGUAUGCCUAAACUAACUCCUCAAAUGAUGCAACAAGCUCAGCAGAGAAUGAAACAAAAUCCGGGUAUGAUGAAGAACAUGAUGAAUAUGUUUGGCGGUGGCGCUGGAGGCGGUUUCCCUGACUUUGGUGCUUUAGGAGCAGGUGGCAUGCCUGAUAUGCAAGAAAUGAUGAAGAUGAUGCAAGACCCUCAGAUGCAGCAAAUGGCACAGCGUCUUGGAAUGGGUCUCUGA